AGCAUGCGACCCCGGCCCCCUUCCCCUGUCUUGACCUGGUGUAAAGAGCUGAGGCAACAGUCAGGAGCACACCUGUGGCGAGGAGCUUACUGGCACAGGAGACUUGCGCCUUGUGGGCAGUCAGAGUAUCGGCGCUGUCUGACAGGCAGUUCACGUAGCGCGGCUUCUGAGGGAGCAGCCCUGUGCUGAGGGAACUUUCUAGAGGACCGUGCAGGAGAAGAGGAGCUGUGAUGGGCAGUGUUGCCAGCCAGACCCUGUUACGGCUCCUGCAGUUCAAUCUGCCCUGCUGUGAACUACCUCAUGGGACCAAGAUUCCUUGUCUAUGUAAGCUGUGCACUUUCAAUAUGGGGGGAUCGCAUGUGGCAUUUUGCAAUCUCUGUAUUCCUCAUUGAACUCUAUGGACAUAACCUGCUUUUAACAGCUGUUUUUGGCCUAGUGGUGGCCGGGUCUGUGUUAGUGUUUGGGGCGGUAAUUGGUGAUUGGAUUGACAGGAAACCCAGAAAUAAAGUUGCUCACGCAUCAUUAUUCAUUCAGAAUUCCUCGGUCACUGCUUGCUGUAUAGUCCUGAUGCUGAUAUUCUCCUACAAGAAUGAAAUAGAACAGAUAUGGCAUGGAUGGCUCACCGUAUUCUGUUAUGGAGUGGUCAUUAUUUUAGCCGACCUGGCAAAUCUUGCGAGUACAGCACUGACCAUAACUAUUCAGAAGGACUGGAUCGUAGUUAUUACAGGAGACAACAGGAGCCAGCUGGCUGGGAUGAAUGCAACUGUGAGAAGGAUGGACCAAGUAAUUAAUAUCUUUGCCCCAUUAUCAGUGGGCCAAGUCAUGACUUGGGCUUCUAAUGUGGUUGGCUGUGGUUUUAUCCUUGGUUGGAACCUGAUUUCGCUGUUUGUGGAAUUUAUUUUUCUUUCCAAAGUUUAUCAAAUGGUACCUCAGCUAGCUGUAAAACCACAGCAGUCUAUAGGAGAACAUUACAUAGAAAGACAACUGGAACUUCUAAAUGUGCAAGGUGAUCUACCUAUCUGCUCAGUCAUAGGUGACUUUAUUAGCACACCAGCCAUACCCAGCGUACCAAGUGAAGGGAAGCCUCAGACUACAGAAUCUCCGGAGGAAACUCCUUCAUCUCUUCCCAUCUGCUUGCAGAAAGUGCGGCGACUGCUGCGAACAUGUUGCGAUGGCUGGAGAUCCUACUACAGACAGUCUGUCUUUUUAGCAGGUCUGGGAUUAGCGUUCUUGUACACUACAGUCCUGGGCUUUGACUGUAUUACUACAGGUUACGCCUACACUCAGGGGAUCAGUGGCUCUCUGCUUAGCAUACUCAUGGCUGUCUCGGCCAUCUCAGGAUUAAUGGGCACCUUUCUGUUCACCAAGCUACGGAGACAUUAUGGCUUAGUGGUCACCGGAAUCAUAUCUAGCUGCCUCCACGUUAGCUGUUUAAUGCUGUGCGUGUUUUCAGUCUUUGCCCCGGGAAGCCCCUUUGACUUGGGCAUUUUCUCUGUCCUCAUCGGUAUGAAUUCUUCUUUAAACACUGAGAAGCUACAUCAGAAUCAGCUUCAUAUUUAUCCAUCUCAAAGGAAUAUAAACCAGCCCAUCCUCCCAGACCGCUCUUCAAUCCACUGGACUAACAACACUGUGCUGUUUGAGAGUGUCCGUGCCAGUGAUCACCCAGGCUCCUACAUCUCCAUUAUACUGCUGUUCUCAGGAGUAAUAUUAGCCAGAGUGGGUCUGUGGUCAUUUGAUCUGACAGUGACUCAACUUCUUCAGGAGAAUAUUCCAGAAUCGGAGCGUGGAGUCGUCAAUGGAGUGCAAAGCUCAAUGAAUUACCUGAUGGAUCUAGUUCACUUUAUCAUGGUCAUUCUUGCUCCUCAACCUCAACAAUUUGGGCUCUUGGUCAUCAUCUCGAUCCUGUUUGUGAUCACUGGACACACCAUGUAUUUUUUUUAUACAAAAAAAUAUAAAACUAAAGAGAGGGAAUCACCAAAUACUCCUGCCUGACAGUCUUGUGAUGAUCCAUUUUUAACUAGCUAGUGCUCUUUGUAGUAUCAUUUUCGUAGUAUGAGUUUUAGCAUGAAGUGUUACAUAACUUUAGCAGACUUGUCCAAUGUUCACCUAAUCUGUUACAUUUCUUUUUUUUAUUAUUAUUUUAUACAUGAAUCACCCUAUUCCAUAUACAAAUUCUAUCAACUUCACUGGAAAUAAACAAGAUACAAUAUUUAAACUACUAUAAUUGAUGUAUAUGCCUAUCUCAUGCAUCAUAGAGUUAAACCUUCUAACAACACAGCCACCUAGUGGGGAGCUCAUCACAUGUAGUAGUA